UAUGAAACCACGUGUUUAUUAUUGUGUCCGCAGUACACAGUAUUCGGGUUUUAUUUUUAUUUUGCGUGACUUCGCUGUACCGAGCGGGUUUUGACCCAACAGCAGAAACAAUGCGCUGGCACAUCGCGGCUGCUCUUUUGUGGGCCGCCGUAGUUACAGAGGGAAAAGCCGUUCCUUCCCCUCCACAUUUUGGGAACAGCUACCAUGUCAAAGGAGUGAUCUCCCUGCCCUAUGCUGAGAUCAAGGAGCCGUUUGAGGCCUGGUUGGACCAAGCGGCAAAGUCCAGCCGGAUAGACUACUACCACGGCCAGGUGUCGACCUAUCAGUUCGGGGCAGAGCCGCCGUUCGGCGCCGCGUAUAAAAUCACCCCCGAGACCACGGAAACCACGCUGAACGCCAUGAAGUGUUUCCAGGCCAACGGAACGAAGGACGAGGCGGUGGCACCGCAGGCGGCGCUGCCCGACCCGCAGGGCUUCCAGUUCCUGAGGACCGAGUACUUCAGAGGUUCCCUGUGUGAGGUUUGGCAGAACGUGACCUCUGCGGGCUUCAAGAAGAACACGUACACCCUGUGGGUGACCCGGUCGGAGGGGGGCGCAGGCGGCAAGGAGGAGCCCCCCACGCCCCUCCAUUACGAGAUGAUGGGCUACAACACGCUGCUGGGCUCCCAUUACGACAAAUACCUGGUGGACUACAAAGAGUUCAGCACUCGGGUGGACCCCAGCGUUUUCUCGCUGCCCGAAGGGAUGAGCUGCGGCGGGUUUCCCGGUCCCGGGGUGGAGCACCACAUGUUGGCCAACCCGAUGAAAGACCUCAUCCACACCUCGGCAUCAGGCCACGCGCAGCGCAUGUUCAGCCACUUCAGGGACAAGUUUCAGCGGCGGUACGGCGACGAGCGAGAGCACGAGAGAAGGGGACACGCCUUCGUUCACAACCUCCGCUACGUCCACUCCAAGAACAGAGCUGGGCUGCCCUUCGCUCUGGCUCUCAACUCUCUGUCGGAUCGAACCGUGUCGGAGCUGGCCACCAUGAGAGGGAGGAAACGAGGAAAGAGCCCAAACAGAGGGCUCCCUUUCCCCUCCAAGAACUACCGAGGGGUGAAAGUGCCGGAGUCGAUUGACUGGAGGCUUUACGGUGCCGUGACCCCAGUGAAGGACCAGGCCAUCUGCGGCUCCUGCUGGAGCUUUGCCACCACUGGAGCAGUAGAGGGCGCUCUUUUCCUAAAGACGGGCUCGCUGCAGGUUCUGUCUCAGCAGAUGCUCGUGGACUGCUCCUGGGGUUUCGGCAACAACGGCUGCGACGGAGGGGAGGAGUGGCGAGGGUACGAGUGGAUGAUGAAGCACGGCGGCAUCGCCACCACAGAGACCUACGGAGCCUACAUGGGGAUGAACGGCUUUUGCCACGCCAACGCGUCCCAGCUCACCGCGCGCAUCCAGAGCUACACCAACGUGACCUCGGGGGACGCGGGGGCCCUGAAGCUGGCGCUCUUCAAGAACGGGCCGGUGGCCGUCAGCAUCGACGCGUCGCACCGCUCCUUCGUCUUCUACAGCCACGGCGUCUACUACGAACCGGCGUGCGGUAACACCACGGCCGAUUUGGACCAUGCCGUGCUCGCGGUGGGAUACGGCACCUUGGAAGGCGAGCCGUACUGGUUGGUGAAGAACUCGUGGUCGACCUACUGGGGCAACGACGGCUACAUCCUAAUGUCGAUGAAGGACAACAACUGCGGCGUCGCCACCGACGCGACGUAUGUCACGAUGGCGUAGAUCUGCCACUGACUGAAUGUUGAUUGAGGACGUUAAUGGUUCUGAGGUGUGGGAACGUCAAAGCGUGCCGCUUGGUGUAAUGAUUGAAUGCACGAGGAAGGAGCCGGCUUUUAUCCAACCUAGUUUGGCAUUUCUUUGCUGGGGGCUACAGUGUCUUCUCUUCAGUUGCACAAGCUACAUUUUGCAACAUAUCUCCACCCGGUCUUUUACUUUACAAUGUUCGGCCUUCAAAUGCACUAAAAUGGAAUCGAUUGCAAUAAAAAAAGUUGAAAAGGAAACUUUUCUGACUUGAGAUUCUUGUUGGUGGAACACAUUUACAUUUAAUGCAUUGGAGCAAACUGAUCUUGUACAACUUUGCUAUGUGAGUAAAUGUAUGUUCCUCAUAGUCAUCAGAGUGAGUAAUUCUACAGAGUAUAAUUCAAUGUAUUAAAAACCAAACUGACCUCAACAAGCAAAUGAAGUAUUUCUACACAGGAUGGUCACAGUUGCUUCCUAUAGAAUCCAUGGAAAAACUACAAACACAUUAUUCCAAGAAAAGGCUCCAUUGGGCAUCACAAGGUUAACUAGUGCAUGCAAUAUCUCACUUGAAAUUUAGAACAUAGAAAACAGUGGCUCGUCUAACAGAGAAUGAACAACACGCUAAUACAAAAUGAUCACUAUUGACGAUUAUUCAAA